AUGGGGGCGUGCCAGCUGUGUGGGGUGAGCCCCAGUCAGAUCUUCGGCAAAGCGAUGUCGACCCGCCGCAACCUGCGUCUUGGGAAAGGCAACGUGAACACGCGGAAGAAGUUCAAGCGGAAGACUGACUCAAACGACGACGAUGAGGAAGAAGAUGAGGAGGAAGGCCGGCCCUACUACGUAGACGAGGACCCGCAGGUGGAGCCAACUCGUGGUGAACUUGAAGAGUCCUGCUUCACAACAGAUACGGCCACGCGCAGUCAGAUAGACCGACUGCCACGGGAGAACAUUCACACGGACACGAAAAAUGAGUUCGACGUGAAGCGUGAUGAGUGCGUGGAAGCAGUUCGAGAGAUCAUGGAGGGAUGUGACAAGAGUGGCAAAAAGUUCUUCGACCCCACUUUCUACUUCGACAAGCAGGAGAACCUGUUCCCGCCUGGAACCCCUGAUGAUUGCACCGUGGGCCUGCCAGAGAAGUGUGUUAGACUCUCCGAGCUUUUCGGUGAGGAUUGUGAGGUCUUCGUUGAGGCUAAAGAUGGUGAGGACGAUGACCCAGUGGACGCAAGCGAUAUCGUGCAGGGAAGCAUCGGUGAUUGCUUCUUGAUUGGCGCUAUCUCUGGCAUUGCGGCUCAUGGAGCCAAGGUGUCGCAUUUCUGGGACAAGCAAGAUAACGGAGAAGCAGAUGACAAUGAAGAAGUAGAGCAUGAAGCGCCGAUCGAGCGGCUGCUGGUGGCCUACGAUGUGAACGCUGGCGUCUAUGGCGUCAUGUUUUUCAAGAUGGGGCAAUGGGAGUGGGUGAUCAUCGAUGACUUGAUACCUGUGUCCCCGGAGGAUUCCACCACUCCUUUGUUUGCCAACUGCAAAGUAGGGGACAUGGAGUUGUGGCCGAUGGUCUUGGAAAAGGCGUAUGCCAAGCUCCAUUGCAACUGGGAUGCCAUUGACGGUGGUCUCUCCGGCCAGGCGGUGAAAGAUAUGACAGGCGGCAUUAUGCAGAAUCUCGACCUUUCUGGCAAUGACAAGAAGUACAGUUGGAAUGCUUUCCUGCGACAAGCGCAAGAUUCCCUCACUGUCAUGGGCUGUGGCUGUGGCGAGCAUGUGGAAGAAGAGGAGGGCGAAGGCCAAUGUGGCGAAGCCAGAGGAGUCUACGGCCUAAUCAAGGGACAUGCCUACACAGUUCUCUCAGCCUACAGCAGUGAAGGUGGCAAAGUCAAGCUCGUGAAGGUCCGGAACCCGUGGGGCAACGAAGCGGAAUGGGAAGGGGACUGGUCAGACAAGAGCGAGAUGUGGGAUAAAUAUCCCGACAUAGCCAAGGCAGUUAGAUUUGAGGCCAAGGACGAUGGAACCUUUUGGAUUUCUUGGAAGGAUUUCAAGUACUAUCUGGGUUGCGUCGAGAUUGUCCGCUUCUUUCCCGGCUCCUGGAGGAUCAUGACUCACUACGGCAAGGCAAGCGCCAAUGAAAGGGACAACACUUUCAUUGUGCAUGUGGCUCAGGCAGAGGAUCCAGCAGCCAAGGCUGUCUUUGUUCUGGGUCAGACUGACUCCAGGUGUGCUCACUGUAUUCUCGAUGACCCUGCAUCCGAAGAGGCACAUUCCAUCCAGAAGAGCGGGGGAACUUGGGAAGGCACGGUGUCAGAGAGGAUCGGCCUUGAAGUGGCCUACCUGGGGAAGAAUCAGCCGCCCUCCAAGAUUCAGAAGCUCAAGAAGCUGAAGAGCGUCUUGCCCAAUGGAAAGGCGAGCAGCGAAGAAUGUGAUGAAGUGGUAUGGGUGGACCAACGCAAGCUGAAGGUUGGCUACUACAUGGUCUCGGUGACGGACAUGGAGGAAGGCAUCGACUACUACCUCCGUGUGCAUUUCAACCCGGAAGGCGAGCUGAGCUCUUGGCACCUGCCCAAGGGGCAGAAGAGUGCGCUGGGGUUCUCCAAGUUUGAGGUGGAAGAAGAUGAGGAAGAGGAGGAAGACGAGGACCCCAGAUUCGGUGUACGUAACCAGGUAGCCUACCGGUAUGCAGAGGAGUUCGAGAAAGACGGCCAAAUGCUGCGGGUCUACACUGACCUCCUGCCUGCGCAGGCCGUUUACUCUUCCUUCGUCCAGUUCGGAUUGCGUCGCGUUUUGCUAUUGCUGGUGCGAACCGUGCAGGCAGUGAAGAUGCUCCCAAAUCACUGCAAGAUCCAGAGGUGGCAGUUGCACUUGUCGCAGCUGCCAGCCUUUGAUGUGUCCACGGUCCUGCAGGCAGGGGAGGACUGGCGUCAGCUUCAGGCAGCCUGGCCGCCAGACCUCCGGCCAGGAGGGCGGUUUAAUGACUUGGGGCAGAGGGCUGCCGAAGAGGCCUCGCAGCUUGCGAAGAUCUUCCGACAGAGCCUGCCAAAGGUCGGCCCACUACGCGUCCGACUCGCCUGCCUCAGCCACGUCCAGUGCUCCAGGCUUCACUGGGACGACGUGCCCCUACGCCUCAUCUCCAGCGCCGGCGUGGAGCAGAACGCCUCGCUGCGGCUGAAGCUGGAGGAGUUGGACGGCAUCAUGGGCCGCCUGGACGCCCGCACGGCCGUGAAAUUGGAGGAGGAUGACAUAGACCCCGAUGCAGGGAUUUACGAGAGCUGCGUUCGUUCCCUGCCCAAGUUCGAGCCCCUGACCUGCGCGGGCUGCGAGCGCGCGGAGCGCGCCGAGCGAGGGCACCUGGACUUUCAACCCCCGGAGCUGAAGCCGCGCGGGGUCUUGCCAGCUCACAUCCAGGAGGAGGUGAACUGGCGGCGCCAGCACACGGAGGUGCUACAUGAGCAGAUCUCCUCCCUGGAGCGGCAGCGAGCACUCUGGGAGGAGAAGGUACGGCAGCUGCGGGGUGAGAGCUGCACCUCGCAGCCCAACAAGAUGGCACACUUGCGGCCCAAGAGCCCCAAAGCGCAGCCGGAGGAGACAAGGCCACCCAGGCAAGGCCAUGCCUUUGCCCUGCUGGCGAAUGAGCCGGAUAUCGCCUCCUUACUGCAGAAUGCCACGGCUAGGGACGUUUUUGCCAAGCUGCAGAACCCACAGGCACUACGGCCAAUUCAGCUGCGGCAGCCGGGCCAGGUAUCCACGCCCGAGCUGCUCCAGGCAGACGUGGCCCAGCAAAGGGCGGAGGAGGCAAGGGUUGAGCAGCAGGAGCUCGCGGCGGCGGAGCUGCUGGCAAAGCGUCAGGAGAUGUCGGAGGCUUUGCAGAGGGAGCUCCAAGACAUGCGGAUCAUGGAGGCACAAAGGCAGCGGAAGCGGGAGCAAAUGCGUGCACAGCUCCAGGAGGAGCUUGAAGGCCAGCUUUCGGAAGAGAGGAAGGCAUGGCUGGUGCAGCAGACGCAACAAGAGCGAGAGAGGCAAAAGCAGUCGCAGAAGCGGCGCUUGGUUCACCAAGAACUGCUGCAAGUGGAGCUGGAGAGGCUCAAAGACAAAGUUGCAUUGAAAAGGACUUUCCAGGCACCAUCCGCAGAGCCCGACUGCACGGAGCGAUUGGAAGAGCUGAGACAAGUCCGGCUGGAGACUGACCAGUGCUCCCGGGUCAUUGCCAGCGCCAGCUCCAGUCCGCUGCCAAGCCCUUUGCCGUUGCAGGUGCCCACGUCUACCCUCGAGCAUGGAUUGGUGCCUCGGGCUGUUGAGGUGGACUUUGGCGAGCCCGACAUCGCGGCAGUCCUGGAAACAAAGGAGGUUGGUGCUUGGAACCUCUCCCUGGACGCAUGGCUGCUCUACUAUGCAGACUUGCUAAAUGGCAAGUCCAGAGACAAAGUCGCGGAUGUGGAGGUGUUGGAACGCACGUUCCAUGCCUUGUCCUUCGGGAAAGACCGCCUGGAUUCCGAGACCUGCCGGAGGGCCUUGAGCAGCUCUCUUGCGGAAGUUGCCAAAGACAUGCUCAGCUAUUGGGUGAUGCGGGUGCAGUCGGAAGUGGCGGGCGAGACUGAGAAGGAGGAGAUGCCCACAUGGCAUAAAGAAGAGAAGGGCCGGGCAACCCCACCGCAACAGCAAAGAACCAGCUUUGAAGCUGCCCAGCAAUCGCAGCAAGAGGCAUCACCAGAGGAGGCUGGCAAAAUCGGAGCGAGGAAGAGCGCACAGCCCCAGCAGCAAACCAGCUCGAAACACGCCCAGCUAGUGCAGCAGGAAGCGUUCUCACAGGAGGCUGGCAAGAGAAGCAACAAGGCGAACGACUCACAUAACGGCAAGUUGGCUAACAAGCAAAAGGCGUCAGAACUCACAAAGAGCUUGUACGCCAAACAAGCUGACAAAGAAGCUCAACCUGUGGCGCAAGCCAGCGCACAGCAACCACCGCAAACAAGCUUAAAAGACGCGGAAGCACCACGACAGGAAGCUGGCAAGAUAGGACCAAGCAAGGCGGAUGACUCGCAAACCGACAAGUUGGCUACCAAGCAAAAAGCUUCAGAACUCACAAAGAGCUUGUACGCCAAACACGCUGACAAAGAAGCUCAACCUGCAGCACAUGCCAGCGCACAGCAACCACCGCAAACAAGCUUAAAAGACGCGGAAGCACCACGACAGGAGGCUGGCAAGAUAAAGCCAAGCACGGCGGAUGACUCGCAGAACGACAAGUUGGCUACCAAGCAAAAGGCUUCAGAACUCACAAAGAGCUUGUACGCCAAACACGCUGACAAAGAAGCUCAACCUGCAGCACAUGCCAGCGCACAGCCCCAGCAGCAAACAAGCUGGAAAGACGCGCACCUGGCACGGCAGCAAGCAUUACCACAGGACACUGGCAAGAUAGGGGAGAACACACAGCACAGCAAGGCUCACAAGCAAGAGGCUUCAGAACUCGCAAAGAGCUUGCACGCCAACAAAGAAGCUCAGCCUGCAGCACAUGCAAGCGCAGAGCCCCAACAGCAAACAAGCUCGAAAGACGCGCGGCUAUCGCAGAAGGAAGUGUCACCACAGGUGGCUGGCAAGAUCAGCGCGGUAGCAACAGAGAAGGCAGGUGACAGCAAGCGUUUAGACCCGCAGAGCGGCCGAAAAGAGAAUGAGGAGGAGGAGGAAGAACAAGAUCACGAGGUGGUUACAAAGCAACAGUGGGUUGACUGGUUCAUAAGCGCCGAGCUGGACAAGCAAGAGCAAGAGCUACUGCAGGAUAUCCUUCGCGCUUACAGCCAGGAGCAGCCGCUUUCGCCAGAGGAGCUUAUCGCUGUGAUCAAGAAGCAUGGGAAGAAGGCCAGUGACGCAGACAAGGAGAAGCUAAAGGAGUGGAUGGAGUGGGUGCAGGACAUGUACCCACAGCCACAAGCAGAUUCAAGCAAGAGAGAAGCCAGUCUAGAUCAGCAAGAGGCGUCACCGCAGGAUGCUGGCAAGAUUAGAGCAAGCAAAGGGGAUGACUCAGAGAAGAACAAGUUGGCUCACAAGCAAGAGGCCGCAGAACUGGCAAAGAGUUCAUAUACCAAGCACGCCGACAAAGAGGCACAACCUGCAGCGCACGCCAGCGCACAGCCCCAGCAGCGAACAAGCUCGAAAGACGCGCACCUGGCACGGCAGCAAGCAGUACCACAGGAGAAGGGCAAUGACAGAGCGGUAGCAUCAGAGAAUGCUGGUGACAGCAAGCGUUCGGAUUUGCAGGGCGGCAGCCAAAGGGAAGAGGAAGCAGCGGAAGAGGAGGAGGAGGAAGUUUUUACAAAACAACAGUGGGUUGACUGGUUCAUAAGCGCCGAGCUGGACAAGCAAGAGCAAGAGCUACUGCAGGAUAUCCUUCGCGCUUACAGCCAGGAGCAGCCGCUUUCGCCAGAGGAGCUUAUCGCUGUGAUCAAGAAGCAUGGGAAGAAGGCCAGUGACGCAGACAAGGAGAAGCUAAAGGAGUGGAUGGAGUGGGUGCAGGAAAUGGAUCAAUAGGAGCGUCUUAAGUGUUCAAUCGCCAAAGCGUAGGAUCCUUUUGACCCACGAGUGUUUCCACCUUCUGUUUUCAACAGGCUAAAGUGGCCUGUGGCACCAAAGGUGUGGCGCCGGCCUGGCCAAAGAUGCCAAUGGCUGCCCGGGCGCGGAGCGAAGUUGGCCAGCGAGAAACUGGGAGCUGGCA